AUUCACGCUCAAACCGUCUAACUGAUCUAGCACCGAUCGCGCUACAGAAGUGUUCUAGCCAUUUUGCAGUCCGCAUGUCUCGCCUUUCUGUUUCGUGUGCGUAUUGCGUACCAUUCGGGUCGUCACAAACGCCUGCCACAGUUUGACAGUUGGUUGUUGCAGACCAACCGAAUAAAAACAAACGAAAAGCAACCUUUGAGUGAAAGUGAACGAGUGUGGAAUAACGCGAGAGGAGUGAUAGAGACAGCAGAUUCACGUGCACGGCUGUACGUAGCAGACCCAUUUCGUCCUCACGUCUGGCCAAUUGAAAGGAAUGCCCUUUAACUGCAGUCGCGAUUGUGUAGGUAUUCGAUACCGCAUCAACUCGCUGCACCAAACCUGGAAGUGGCUGCACCAGACGAUCGCCCUGCACGAGUACCUGAUUUCGAUGAGCGCAGCUGACACGAAUAACGCCAGCCGAAAGUCGCACCAUCCACUACAACAGGGCGGCAUCAUUAGCAGCAGCAGCAUCACCGUAGCUUGUUGUUAAACUGUAGUUCCGAACCGCCCUCCACUGUGUGUAGUGUUGUGAGAAAAACAAAACAGGUGCAUCAUCAUCAUUCCCAGUUCCCAGUGGUUUAAACUUAAGGCUUAGUUCUUAGACUUUUAUAGUGUUUAAAACGAAAACUCUUCCAGCCUUGCAUUGCCUGCUUACUGUGUUCCUUUGGAAAUUGUAACGUUCAAAACACCAAUAUCACCUCAACGAAAAAAAAAAAACUCUAGUCAACAAGUGACCGUCUUUGCCCAGUAAGGAUUUGUUCACCGAACUGUUCAUCAUCCGUUCAACAUCUGUGUGUGUGUGGUCAGCCAGUGCUGUAGUAAAAAUAGAACUUCACCAUCCGUAGCUAACGUGUGGACACUGCCAAUAUUCUCUUCACAGCGUAACAGUAGCAAAAUAGUCCUCCGAAGACUGAUUUUCCGUACGGGUUUGUGCAAAAGUAAGGAAAAAUCGCAAUUUCUUAAGCGACUUCUACAACAAACAAACACCACCCGUGAAACGUCAAACUCACAGGUGGCAUACGAAUUUGCGUAUCAAAACAAAGGAACCGGCCAAAAACAACCCGGUAUUUCGCGCUGUAGGUCGAACCAAAUAAAUCCGCAACGCAAAAAAAGCGGUACCGCGGCGAUAUAACAAAGAAAGUGCAAGCGAAGCGGCUACUCUGCUUGGGUGUGUUAGUGAAUCCCGCAGAACCGAAAGUGUGCGUACGCGCGAGCAAAACAGCUGGUUAUCAUCAUCGUGCGGAUCGGAAAAAUCCCAUUUCGCGUGCAAGAUGGCUGCCAUGGUAGUGAAACGAUCGCUCGUUCGAUCGCUUAGCAGCCGGCUGUACGUGCUGUCCCAGGGACAGGUGUGCGCCUAUUCCAGCUCCACGAAGCACCCGUUCCAGGGUGGCAAUGGGGAGGGUAGCAGCCCGACCGGUCAUCUGACCAUGACCAGCAGCAGCAAGCAGCUGUCGACGGCCGACAUCAAGAAGAUCCCGGAUGCGGAGGUGCGCAAGUCCGUCUUCAUCUCGCAGUCGAACGAUGUGUUCACCAACCUGGCGCUGGAGGAUUGGAUCUAUCGGCACUUCGAUCUGACCAACCACCACAUACUGAUGCUGUGGAUUAACAAACCGUCGGUGGUGAUCGGCCGGCAUCAGAAUCCAUUCUCGGAAACGAACGUUUCCGCCCUGGAGCGCAAUGGGAUCGAGCUGGCUCGACGGAACAGUGGCGGCGGGGCGGUUUAUCACGAUCUCGGCAACCUGAACUGUACCUUCUUCAUGCCGCGGGCCCGGUACGAUCGGAAGUACAAUCUGACGCUGUUGACUCGCGCCCUGUAUCGGGAGUACGGCAUCAAUGCGGAGCUGUCCGCACGGGACGAUAUUGUGCUGCUGGGCAAGAAGAUAUCGGGCACCGCUGCAAAACUAGGCCAACCGAACGCUUAUCAUCACUGUACGCUGCUAGUAAACUCGAACAAACUUCACCUGGGCGCAUCACUCGCUAAAGAUAACGUUGAAAUAACAAGCAAGGCAACCGCUUCCAUCCCAUCGCCAAUCAAGAAUCUUGUUGACGUAAAUCGAACCGUAAACAUCCAGCAGCUCCUGUCGGCCAUUGGGUACGAGUUUCUACGCACACCCGCCACCCAGCUGACCGAUGGUGGGCGCGACCUGCUAAUGAAGCAGCGCGGCUUCCAACUGAUCAAUCCAACCGACAAGUGGUUCCCGGGCAUUACGGAGCUGCGCGAAAACUUUGCCUCCUGGGAGUGGCGGUUUGGCAAGACGCCAAACUUUUCCGUCCAGAAGACGAUCCAGCUGAAAUCGGCCGGCGCGGCGCAGGAGAUGAAGGUGAAAGUUGACGUGGAAAAGGCGCUGAUCAAAGAAAUAAGUCUCAUCCUGCCGAACCACGAACCGAUACCGGUUGUGUCGGAUAUGGUGGGCCGUGCGUACAACGAGGAUUGCUUCCACGGCAUUGCGGAAGCACUGAAGGGUGCCAACACCGAGAACAUGCAGCAGGCGAUGGGAUUAUGAAGGUUAGUCCUACCGGCGGCAGCCACCACCGUCGUACCUUCCACGUCCACGACGAUCGCCGACAGCGGACCGGACGAUGGACGCAGUUGAGAGUGAACGCUGCUGCUGACUCAUCAAACUUCGCCUCUCCGGUAGGGGUGAAGCAAAAAAACUGGAACCACUAAACCUGAUUUGAAAUUCAAACAAUACGCGCUUGACGGUUAGCAGAUGGUACCGAGCACCAACCCAUCGCCCAGAGCUAGCAGUAGCGCUUGUGCCGAGGGCUUGUCCCAUCGGUUAGUAACAGUAAACAAGGUCUUCUACUACCACCCUUACUCCCCGUUUUCCUGGGUGUUGCCACAACCCUGAACUUAGGCGACCCUCCCAUCACAACAGCUCUUCGUUCGAUAAGUGCCUUUUCGGGUCUAGGAUUCUAGAAUUAGGAACGUGCGUGUGUGCCGCAACCAAUUCGCCACAUUCAUAAUGCAUGUGUGAGUACGCGCUACAACGAUCGUGUGGCGACCGAACAAAAACGAACCCGUUCGACGCAAGCAAACAACGACGAGCUGCUGUUUUGCUGUCCGUGGUCAAUCGAUCGACCUUGCAUAACACAAAGCCGUACCGAGCAGAACCGUAUAUACGGUGCAACCCGCGCUAAUCAGCUGUUGUGCUGUUGCUGGAAGGAAAUGCAAUCAAACGAGCACCUGAAACUCGGUCGUAGGUCCGUGCAUUUUGCACCCGUUUUUAUUAUAUUUUUGUCUUGCUUGAAACCGAUAGAGCUAGUAAAGGGAAUGGUGUUGACUGUUCACUAUUCGCUAGAAUUACGUCAGGAUUAGUGGCGAAGAUGUCUCGAGAUUAGGCUGUAUUAGGUUUUGCUCCUCCUCUCCUUUUAAUUUGAAUUGUGAUGAUGCUGUUUUUGACGGUUUUAGGACGAUAGACGAUGUUAGCUUGUGAUUAGUGUUUAACAUUUACUGACAAAAUUAACCUCAGCUUCCACACAAAACUUACUAAAACGACUAUUACUAACUCGUGUGGAACUUUCGUUUCCACGGCGGCAAUGCAAGUAAGGGAUAGCUUAUCAAGUAAGGUUCAUUCGCCCCCUCCCCCUCUCCCCUUUUCUCCCACUAGAUUUUUAGUUACUUACGUUAGUGUGUACGAUUCCCCCGGAACCGUGCAUCCCACCCCCGGAUACAUCAAGAAUACGAUCAUAUCAUUUUUGUCACGACCACCAACACCGCCAACAAGUUUUAAUUGGAAUGGCCGGUUGUUGAGUUUGGUUAGGUUAUAGACUUAUAUCGUUUGACUUUAGUGCUUUGUAUUUGCUUUGCUCCUGUAUUUUUAACGUGUAAACCACUCGUCGCCAAGUUUUGACCAUUAUGCCCGUCUUUUUUUAAAUCUUUGACUUUCGUUGACUCUUGUUCCUUCACCCUUCAGCGGUUAAAAUAGUGUUCAAGUUUGUAGGGCGCAGUAGCGUAAGUUAGAGCAUUACUUUAAACAUAAAGCAACAGACGACACUAAGGUCGAACCAGUUUUGUAAUGUAAUUGUUGAUCAUAUAAAGACCAAAUAAGUUAGACCUGUAGAGCGAAUGUUAAUAAAUGCAAAAUGUAUCAAAAUAUCAA